AUGAAUCGUACCAUUCUGAAUAGAAGGCUGCUUCAAGCAGACCUAUAUGCAGUACACAGCAAUAUCUCACCAGACACUGCUUCAAGAAAUCCCAUUGAUGGCACCUCAACCACCAUAAGAAGACCCUUUAGAGCAACCACGCCUUUCGACUUCUCCAUGGCCUUAACUGUUCUCGUCCUACUCGCCGUCCUUUUCUUUAUGGGCUUCUUCUCUGUUUACAUCUGCCGCUUCACCGCAGAGGACCCUCCUUCUUCGUCGUCGUCAUCCUCCUCCGACAACGUUACACCCCGGAGAAACCCACCUCCGACAUCAAACAACCACAAGGGUCUCGAACCCUCUGCAAUAAAAUCACUCCCUCUUGUGCCCUACGGUGUGGUAGCGAAGCACCAGAUAAUCGAAGACUGCCCAAUCUGCUUGAGCGAGUUUGAAGAAACGGAAAUUGUUAAAUUAAUCCCAUACUGUAGGCACGUGUUUCAUCCCAGGUGUAUUGACACGUGGCUGUCUUCGCACGUGACGUGUCCUGUCUGUCGGUCAACUCAGCUGUUCCAUAGAGCUGAGGAGGUUUGUUUGGAUGUGAAGCAGGAGAAACUUGACAUUGGCGUGAAUGAGAUUGGUGAGCGGGAGAGAUCAACGGUGAUUAAUGGUGACACGUUUAGAGAUUAA